GUUUUCAUUCCACGCAAAUCCAUUCUAAGAAUGUCAACGGUGAGGUCGGCGUUAAGUGAACGGCUAUUGGCCAUUCUCGGUGCUCAUCUAGCAGCACCGCCACCCUCCGACCUCUCUUCUCCGCCGAUCAUUGAGCCAUGGUGCGUCUCUGCUCAGACCGCCGCCUCCCUUGGCGUUUCCUUGACCAUCGUCGACGAACGCACUGAUAAGAAGUGCCACGUCCCCGUCUCCGCAGAAGGCACCGUUAAAGUGGUUGAUUUGAAGAAGAUAACGACCGGGAAGGAUGACAAGGGGCUCAAGAUGUAUCACCCUGGCUAUUUGAACACAGCUCCUGUACACUCAUCAAUUUCCUAUAUUGAUGGGGAUCAGGGGAUCCUUCGAUACAGAGACUACCCAAUUGAGGAGUUGUCCGAGAGCAGUACCUUCUUAGAAGUGGCCUACCUCCUCAAUAUAGUUGUUAACAUGGUUCUGCAAUCUGUUUCUGCAAAUGAGCAAAAGGGUGCUUUCAUUCCUUAUGAAGCUCCUGAUUUGAAUCCAAACAUUGUUACAUCCUCAGCGGUGGUGAGUACCUUUGCAUUGUGAUAUCCCUUUUUAAACUUUCAAAUUGCACAUCAAAGCACUCUGUAACAAUACCUUUUUGUUUGUGAAUGACAGCCUCAUCCUGAUGUCAAGCCAAAGGCAUAUGCAAACAACUUUCUUCGGUUGUUCCAAUAACUUACAUAUUUGUCUUGAAUGAUCUAUCUUCUAUGGUUUGGGGGACACAAAAGCUCAACUGCUGAACAGUAAGUUGCUUGAGAUAGAGAAAUAGUGCUUGUUGACAAUGCUGCUUUGACUAAUAGUUUUUCCUUUCAAGGAAUCCCUUGGAGGUACAUUCUUUCUACUACUUUUCGUUAGUUAGGAAGUUCAGGCAUUUCAUCCAUUGUUGAAAUUUUCCUUUGAUGUCAAUCAGAAAGGAACCUGAUGGUGCCUUGUGCAAUGUAUGACCCCUUUUCAUCUUUGUGUCUAUAACAUUUGUUCCUAUUUAUGCGAACAAUAAAUUCGGUGUGUUUCU